UCACGGAUGAACAAUACGUCACAUAUGAGCGACACCAGGCUAUCUAUUAUUAUUACACCCUGUAACAAAUAUAUAUAUAUAUAUUUUUUUGGUUCCUGGGUAGUAAGUGUUAUUUCCUAAUUGCUUAUGCCUCAAAAGUAUAGAAAAUGGCUAUUAUUCCCCACAAACUUUGCUUUUGUGACCAGGACAGUGAUAUUUUGAAAUUUACCUAUUUUCCAGAACAUUCCAGAUAGAUUCAGUGCUGAGUAACUUCUAGAACUUUCUAGAACUUUCCAGUCAUAUAAAUAGUAGUAUAAAUACAGGGGCCUUAAGCCCACCAGUUCAGUUUAGUUCCAGCUGCCUAAGUGGAUACAUAUCUGCAUUUUUCUGAGAUGGCAUCAAGAGGCUGCAAGCAUCCGGCAGACGCAUUUUGCCAAUUUAUCAAGACAAGAGCGAAAAAGUUCUCCGUGGAAGCAUCUGCUAAGAUGUGUGAGGCCUACAAGGCAUAUUUCGGCAUGCCUGUCGGGGAUCAAGACAAACCCUGGGCACCUCAUUUCAGCUGCGAGCACUGCAAAAAAACUCUGGAAGGAUGGUACAGAGGGGAAAAGAGAGCCAUGAAGUUCGCUAUCCCAAGAAUUUGGCGGGAACCCACUGACCACUCAAGCAACUGCUACUUCUGCAUGGUGGACCCUUCCAAGCGGACCGAGUUCUCUGUGGGGAGGAACAACGUCAAGUGGGAGCCACUGGUGGACCCCCGGAAGGUGCUGAUGCCACCACUGCACAUCAAAUUGGGCCUUAUGAAACAAUUUGUCAGAGCUCUAGAUAAGGAGUCGGCAGCCUUCAAGUACCUUCAAGACUUCUUCCCUAAGCUGUCUGAGGCAAAGGUCAAAGCCGGUGUCUUCGUCGGACCACAGAUAAAGAAGAUCCUGGAGUGCAAUGAAUUCCCCAAGAAGCUCACUAGUAAGGAGAAAGCGGCUUGGAACAGCUUUGUCGCAGUGGUUCGGGGCUUCCUGGGCAAUCACAAGGCCGAAAACUAUGUGGAGCUGGUUGAGACUCUGGUGAAGAACUACGGCACAAUGGGCUGUAGGAUGUCCCUCAAAGUCCAUAUCCUUGAUGCUCAUCUUGAUAAAUUCAAGGAGAACAUGGGAGCGUACUCGGAGGAGCAAGGCGAGCGCUUCCACCAGGAUAUACUGGAUUUUGAACGCCGCUACCAAGGACAGUAUAACAAGAACAUGAUGGGAGACUACAUUUGGGGGCUGAUUCGUGAAAGUGAUUUACAGUAUAAUCGUAAAUCUCGAAAAACUAAUCACUUCUAAAUCUUUUGUAGUCAUUUUUGUAUUACUUUAGUAUAAAUACAUGUUAAUUUGGAUUCAUAUGUUGUUUUUUUCUGACUUUAUGUGAACGAAAAGACACAAAUUUGCCCGUUUUCUCAUUGAAAAUAGGUAAAUUUCAAAAUAUCACUGUCCUGGUCACAAAAGCAAAGUUUGUGGGGAAUAAUAGCCAUUUUCUAUACUUUUGAGGCAUAAGCAAUUAGGAAAUAACACUUACU